AUGGCAGACCAAGCCGAGAGCCUCAUUGAAGUGCCGCGCGAGUUUGUCAAGGAAGGCGUCCAGUUUAUGCACAAGUGCCAGAAGCCCGACAAGAAGGAGUUUCUCAAGAUCUCGCAGGCCAUUGCCAUUGGCUUUCUCACCAUGGGCACCGUCGGCUACAUCGUCAAGCUGAUCCACAUCCCCAUCAACAACAUCCUAGUCGGAGCCGCCUAG